AUGUCCGCGUUCUACGUCCCCGCCAGGCUUGCGCAGCCGACUCGCGUGUCCGCGAACCCUGCUGAGGCGCGCAAGCGCGUCCUCAAGCUCUACCGGGAAUGGUACCGCUGCGCUCCCGACAUCGUUUCCUCCUACGAACUCAGCAUUCCCGUCUCCGCCGCCCGCUACGCCAUCCGCCAGCGCUUCGAGUACAACCGCUACGUGACCGACCCGAAGGCGAUUGACGUCCUGAUCGCCAAGAGCCACAUGGAGUUCCAGGAGACGAUGAACCACUGGAAGAUGCGGGAUCACGUCCUGGGCUUGUUGUUGAAGCCCAAGCAGCGCCCGCAGAAGACGUUCAUGCAGAAGUUCAUCGAAGGUCGGGACGAGGAGGCUAUCACACCCGCCGCAAGCGGAAUCGUUUAG